UUUUAAUUAGCUUUUCAGGUUCAUACUUAAGGAUUUCUAGUUUUCUUCUGCAGAACAGAAAGCCCACUCAUGUGAAUUAUUUUAUUUUAUCAUACAUCCUUCCUGUAUGAAAGAAUAAAGGCUUUUCUGUUUAGGCCAGUGAAUUGCAUCGCUGUGCCAGACUCUGCUUUCCAUCCAGAUGGAAUAAGAAGAGAUCAGUGAGAGAUGAUGCCUAUUUACUACAGGGACUUAAUAUAGAGGAACUAUACUCAGAGACCUCUAGUUUCAUUACUUAUGAUGGGUCGAUAACUAUCCCACCUUGCUAUGAGACAGCCAGUUGGAUAAUAAUGAACAAGCCUGUCUAUAUAACCAGGAUGCAGAUGCAUUCCUUGCGCCUGCUCAGCCAGAAUCAGCCAUCUCAGAUCUUUCUGAGCAUGAGUGACAACUUCAGGCCUGUCCAACCACUCAACAACCGCUGCAUUCGCACCAACAUCAACUUCAGUUUACAGGGGAAGGACUGUCCAAACAACGGAGCCCAGAAACUUCAGUCUAGAGUAAAUGAAUGGCUCCUCAAGUAAGGAACUAAGCCAAGAAGAAUCCCACCUCAGUGAAAUGCUA